UCGCACUCCGGGAAGACGAGAGAAAGCAAAAGCCUAUUAAUCCAGCGUGAUUUCUCUUUCGCCUGCUUCUCUUCGUCGGCUUCUUCCUCCUCCCGCCGACCUCUCUUCUCUCCUCCCCCUCCACGUCGCGUCAUCCGCGUCGCCAUUUCCCUCCUCUUGUCGCCUCGCCCGGAACGCGGUCGCAUCAACCAAUCAGUAAAUCUCGCGGUAAACGGAUCGAAAUCAGCAAGAUAGGAGAGGAAUCACGUACGAGCAGUCAGAAAAGAGCAGGAAUCGCUAGCUGGGGACAUGGAGGUCGGAGGAGGAAGCCACGAGGAGGAGGAGGAGGAAGAGGUGCCGGCGGCGGUGGUGUACUGCGCGGUGGGGAAGGAUGGCGGGCGGGAGUGGAAGGCCAACCUGCGCUGGGUGCUGGCCAACUUCCCCCACCGGAGCCGCCGCCGCUUCAGCCUCGUCCUCGCGCACGUCCACCGCCCGCCGCACCGCGUCAACAUGAUGGGGGCGUGGGUCCCGGUGAGCCAGCUGGCGGAGCACGAGGUGGCCGCGUACAGCAAGCUGGAGGAGGACAGGGCCAGCAGGGCCCUCGACGACCUCCUACACAUCUGCACAAGUCAACGGGUCCGGGCGCGCAAGGUGAUCGUGUCGGCCGACGACGCGGCGAGGGGCCUCGUCCGGCUCGCCGACGACCAUGCCGUCGCCGAGCUCGUCAUGGGCGCCGCCUCUGAUCGGGCCUACACCAGGAAGAUGUGUGCGCCGAGGUCAAAGAAGGCGGUGACGGUGCAGCGGAAGGCCAACCCCGCCUGCAGGAUCUGGUUCCUCUGCAAAGGCAACCUCAUCUGCACCAGGGAGGCCGACGAGGUGGGCCUGAACAGAGCAGAGCCAUCCACGAGCAGCUCGAGCCCCAGCCCCAGGUCGUCGUCGGCCGUUUCCGACUGCUCGAGAUCGAAACCCUCGAUGCCGUUCGGUAUGCACGAAUCGGCAUCGGCCGGCCCGACGACGCUCCGCCGCCGGACUUCCAGCAGGGAUGCCGACAGCGACAAUGCCACGGAUCACAACGGCGCCGAGGAUGAUCAUCUAGGUCACGACGCGUCAUCAUCAUCAGCUGCCGCUGCUGCUGAUGUCGUCGGAGCGUUCUUCUCCACGGCGCCGGCGGCGUCUGGGCUGCGAGACGCCGAAGAUCAGGACUCGCCGGCGCCUUCGCAUCACGGUUCUUCGGAUGGUGCCGGCGAGAUGGACGACGAUGCGUUGUACGAGAGGCUCAAGGAGGCGCUCGUGGAGGCCCGGAAUCUGAGGCACGAGGCAUACGAGGAGACCCGCCGCCGGCAGAAGGCCGACCGGGACCUCGCCCACGCGUCCAGGAUGGCCAAGGAAGCGGAGAGCUCGUGGCAGGGCGAGGCUCGGCGCCGGAAGGAGACGGAGGAGAGGCUGGCGAGAGAGCGCGUGGCCAUGGAGCAGGACAGGCGGGACCUGGACGGGAUCCUCGAGAAGAUAAUGGAGGUGGACGGCCGCAGCGCCGAGCUCGAGCUCCAGAUCGCCGACUCCGAGCGCGCGAUGAGCCAGCUCGACGUCAGGCUGUCCGAGUCGUACGGCGUCCUCGACGCGCUCCGGCUAGAGUGUGAACGCCGAGAAGAACCUGCAACCGCGGGAGAACCAUCCGUUCCCGAGGUGGACGUUGCUGAACAGAGCAUGAGUUUCUGGCGGCUUGGCUUGUCGGAGCUGGAGGAGGCCACGGGGCAUUUCAACGAGUCUGCCAGGAUCGGGGGAGGCGGCGUGUACAGGGGGAGCCUGCGCGGCAUGAGCGUCGCCGUGAGGAUGGUCUCCCCGGAGGUUGCCGUCGACGAGGCGCGGUUCACGCGCGCGGUGGAGGCUAUGAGCAGGGCUCGGCACCCGGGCCUCGUAACAUUCCUCGGCGCGUGCCCGGAGGCGCGCGCCGUUGUGCACGAGCUCGUCCCCGGCGGCAGCCUCGAGGACCGCCUCGAAGGUAAAGAAGCCCCGACGCUCUCGUGGCAGGCGCGGUGCGGCGUCGCGUACCGCACGUGCUCCGCGUUAGCCUACAUCCUCUCGACGGGGGCGGUGCACGGCGACGUCCGCCCCGCGAACAUCCUUCUAGAGGACGAGGGUUGCUCGUCCAGCAAGCUCGCCGGCUUCGGCACGCGCGGGCUCGUGGCAGCGAAGGAGCGGCGGCGUCCCGGCGGCGUGGACGUGGCGUACGUGGACCCGCGGUGCCUGGCGACGGGGGAGCCGACGCCGCGGAGCGACGUGCACGCGCUGGGGGUCGUCCUGCUCCGGCUGGUGACCGGGAAGCCGGCGUUCGAGGCGAGGAAGGCGGCAAGGGACGCCGCGGCCGGGAGCACGCCAUGGCACGAGGCCGUGGGUCACGCGGGCGCGGGCGGGUGGCCCGUGGAGCGCGCCACGGAGGUCGCGCUCCUCGGCCUGAAAUGCUGUGCCGGCGACGAAGACGAAGACGUGGCCGGUGGUGGCGCGACGGCGGAGCAGCUGCUGGAGGAGGCGCGGGGCGUGCUGGAGGCCGCGACGAUGGCGGCGCCAGGGAGGACGUGGUCGUCGCUGUCUUCGGCGUCGGGGGCGGGUUCGGAGAGCGGCGGCGGCGCCCCGUCCUACUUCCUCUGCCCGAUCCUCAAGGAGGUGAUGAGGGACCCGCAGAUCGCGGGCGACGGGUUCACGUACGAGGCGGAGGCGAUGAGGGAGUGGCUCGGCAGCGGCCACGACACGUCGCCCAUGACCAACCUCAAGCUCCCCACCGACGAGCUCCUCCCCAACCACGCGCUCCGCGCCGCCAUCCAAGAAUGGCGCCACACCACCACGCCGGGCACUAGUAGUGCCUCCUCUGAUCGCUUCCACUGACGACAAGCUAGAGACGAUACGUUCACAACUCGUUGCACGCAGACUAGCAAAGGCAACGUCGGGAAAUUUCCAUGUUCCCGACGUUUCGUGUCCACCGCCUCGUGUGUAGAGAGCGGUGUACUGUACAGAGAAUUUUCAGGAAAAUUUAUUCGUUGAAUUUCAGGUAAAAAUCUGUUUGUUGACUGUCGAUGGCAAAUUCAGGGUUACAUUUGUGAUCUAAUUCUGGUUUACUAACUGACGA